AUGGUGUUCAAAGCCGGAGCCGGAGCCGGAGCCCCGCGGCGGGACCCCUACCCGGCGCCCCCGCCGCCGCCGCCGCCGCCGCCGCCGCCCUACCCCUUCCGCCCGGCCCGGGGCGAGGCGGGCGCCGUGAUUUGCGGGGAGCCGGGGCCGGGCCCCCGGACGCCGGGAGCCGGGGUGGGUCGGGGCCGGGGCCGCGGGCGCCGCCGCGGGGGUCGGGGCGGCGGAGGCGGAGGGCGAGAGCGGGGCGCGGAGCCGGGCCGCACCAUGGAGACGGCGGCGGCGGCGGCGGCGGCGGGCGGGGGGAGCCGGACCGGCUUCCAGCCGCACCCGGGGCUGCAGAAGACUCUGGAGCAAUUCCACCUGAGCUCCAUGAGCUCCCUGGGCGGGCCGGCCGCCUUCUCGGCGCGCUGGGCGCAGGAGAUGUACAAGAAGGAGGGCGCCAAGGACCCGGCCGUGCAGGCGGCGGCGGCGGCGGCGCCCCCGCCGCCGGUCCUGCACCUGCCCGCCAUCCAGCCGCCGGCGCCCGUGAUGCCGGGCCCCUUCUUCAUGCCGUCGGACCGGUCGACGGAGCGCUGCGAGACGGUCCUGGAGGGCGAGACCAUCUCCUGCUUCGUGGUGGGCGGGGAGAAGCGGCUGUGCCUGCCGCAGAUCCUCAACUCGGUGCUGCGGGACUUCUCGCUGCAGCAGAUCAACGCGGUGUGCGACGAGCUGCACGUGUACUGCUCGCGCUGCACGGCGGACCAGCUGGAGAUCCUCAAAGUCAUGGGCAUCCUGCCCUUCUCGGCGCCGUCCUGCGGGCUCAUCACCAAGACGGACGCCGAGCGGCUGUGCAACGCCCUGCUCUACGGGGGCCACUACCCGCCCCGCUGCAAGAAGGAGUUCCCCGGGCCCGCCGCCAACGCCCACGCCCACGCCCACGCCCUGGACCUGGAGCUGACCGAGAAGAGCUUCAGGGUCUACCACGAGUGCUUCGGCAAGUGCAAGGGGCUCCUGGUGCCCGAGCUCUACGGCCACCCCGGCGCCGCCUGCAUCCAGUGCCUCGACUGCCGGCUCAUGUACCCCCCGCACAAGUUCGUCGUCCACUCGCACAAGGCCCUGGAGAACAGGACCUGCCACUGGGGCUUCGACUCGGCCAACUGGAGGGCCUACAUCCUCCUCGGACAGGAUUACACCGGCAAGGAGGAGAAGGCCAGGCUCGGCCGCUGCCUGGACGACGUCAAGGAGAAGUUCGACUACGGCAACAGAUACAAGAGGAAAGCGCCCAGGGUCGUCUCUGAUCCCCCUGUUUCUAAAAAAUCCAAAACAGAUGACUCCUCUCUACCGUCCUCUACUUCUUCGUCUUCUUCCGAGAAGGACAAGCAGUCCAGUUGGUUACGGACGCUGGCGAGUUCAUCGAAUAAGAGCAUCGGUUGCGUGCAUCCCCGUCAGCGCCUCUCUGCUUUCAGGCCAUGGUCCCCUGCCGUUUCCACAAGCGAAAAAGAGCUCUCCACGCACCUUCCAGCCCUCAUCCGAGACAGUUUUUACUCAUAUAAAAGCUUUGAGAGUGCUGUGGCACCCAACGUUGCCCUCGCCCCUCCUGCCCAUCAGAAGAUUGGAAGUCGUCCGCCUUGUUCCACCGUCCUGUCCCGGGCCAGCGAGCCCCUCAGCAGCCCCACCCAGCCCCGGAAACGCAAGCCGCCCGCAGAAAACCCAGGAAUCCCCGACCCGCUGGCCCCCGCUGCCCCCGCUGAAGAUGACAAGGAUUCCGAGGCAGAGGUUGAAGUCGAAAGCAGAGAGGAAUGUAAGUUCACCUCCUCCCUGUCCUCGCUCUCUUCUCCAUCCUUUACCUCAUCCAGCUCCGCCAAGGACAUGAGCUCGCCGGGAAUGCCGGCCCCCGCCCCGGCCAGCACUGCCUUCGAGGCAGCCGCCCACACCGAACCCCACAGCAGCGGCUUGGAGGCCGAACUGGAGCACCUCCGGCAGGCUCUGGACAGCGGCCUGGACACCAAGGAAGCCAAAGAGAAAUUUCUGCACGAAGUGGUUAAGAUGAGAGUGAAACAGGAGGAGAAAUUGAAUGCUGCCUUGCAGGCCAAGAGAAGCCUGCAUCAGGAGCUGGAGUUCCUGCGGGUGGCCAAGAAGGAGAAGCUCCGGGAGGCCACAGAGGCCAAGCGCAACUUGCGGAAAGAGAUCGAGCGGCUGCGUGCGGAGAACGAGAAGAAGAUGAAAGAAGCCAAUGAGUCGCGGAUCCGGCUAAAGCGGGAGCUCGAGCAGGCCCGGCAGAUCCGGGUGUGCGACAAAGGCUGCGAAGCGGGCCGGCUACGGGCCAAAUACUCAGCCCAGAUCGAGGACCUCCAGGUGAAGCUGCAGCACGCAGAAGCCGACAGGGAGCAGCUCCGAGCCGAUCUGCUGCGGGAGCGGGAGGCUCGGGAGCACUUGGAGAAAGUUGUCAAGGAACUUCAGGAGCAGCUGUGGUCUAAAUCGGGCAGUCAGACGGACGGCCAAAGCACACACAACCUGGGAAACUGAAAUCCAAAACGGCCAAGUCACAUUAUCUCUCCACGUCCCGAACCCUGCCCUCCCAGGUCCAGUGAGGGAGGGAAUGUGCUCACCGGUGCCUUGGGGCACCGGCGGGGAAGGGGACGGGAGGCAGAGGUGCACCCCAUGGAAAAGGAGACUUGGUCAAGAGCUGGAGGGCAGGUGUUCCUCUCUGAGACAGAAGCACUGAAUUUCGCCUCUUUUUUGGGUUUUGUUUCUCCCCUGCCCCGCCCCUGAAUCCACAUAGCACAACAUCUUCCUGUGCCUGCGACCCCUCCCCUCCCCACUCCCCCUCUCCCCCUCUCCCCCACUCCCUGGCCCCAAGUGUUUCGAAUCUCCACCCUUUUGGAGUCCACAGCCAAAUUUUCUGCUGGCCAAACUCGAGCCAUGCAUCUCCAGCCCAGCCAAGGGCGCAGAAGCCGGCGGCCCCCAGGACUUUGCUUUUCUGCCGUCCUUCCCGCCGGGACCCGUCGGAAUUCAAACUUCUUGUUUAUAAGCUAUUUAAAACGACCGUAAAGACUUGGAACGAAACAAAAUUAGCAAGGUUUUAUUUUUUUUUAUUUUUUUUUCUUCUUUUUUUUUUUUAAAUAUCGUGAACUUUCCCAAAACACUUGAUGCACAAUUUUUAAGGACUUGUUACACCCGGCUCUGGGGUUCCUGGGGAGGCCCCCUGAGAACUCCGUUCCGUUCCAAGACUCUCCUUCCACAGGGAGUCAGAAGCCAUCGCAGUUAAACCCUCUCACGGACCUCUCUGGGAGAAAUUUCCGUGGGCUUUUUCAGAGUGUCUCUCUCUCUCUCUCUUUCUGUCUCCCUCUCUCCUUUUCUCCCUCUCUUCCUCUUUCCCUCUCACCCUCUCUUCCCCCCCUUUCUCUCACUCUCUUGCUCUCUCGUUCCCUCUCUUUUUGUAAAAAGUGAUAAAUGCCCAGUUUUCCUGUGUCGCCACGGGAAAGAAGAGGGGACAUUUGAGAGAGGUGAGCUGCAACAAUCGUCAAGCCUUACCGACUUCCCUCUCUCAAUCAGGCCAUAUUGAAAAGCUGAUGUGCUCACAAACUCUGCCCCCAGCAGCACUUCGGCUGGAAAGCAAACAGAAGAAUGAACUGUUGAGUUGGUUGAAAGAUGGACAACAAGAAAACGCCAUUUGAAGUCAUUCGGAAAUCUUUUCGUUUCACCUGCGGCUUUCUGGAGAAUUCUCUUUCGUUUCAUCUUUGUCUUAAAAACAGUAUUUACCACUCGUUCAGAGGUGUCGAAGUACUGUGCUGGUUGAAUAUACCAUUCUCCCUCUCAUAUCCCCUCCGUGUGUGCAUGUGUGUGUGCUCGCACGCGCGCACACACACACACACACACAUCCCUCCCCUCACCUGAGCACCCGCUGCUGUGAAUCAAGGCUACAUCUUUCAGUUCAACAGGAAUCUCAACCUUCAUUUUUGGGGUUCAGGCUGUAGCAUUGAAACAAAAAUGUAGGAUCCCCUCUCACCUCCCACCCAGCCCCGGCUCUUCUCUAGUUUUUGUUUCCAUAACCGCACCUCAUUGACAUCCUCUCCCCCUACCACCCACUCAGUGGUCCCACACCCCAGCUGUCUCUGGAAGAGAUCGCCCCUUUUAGUGUCAAUACUUGAGAGACGCUCAGACUUGGGCCCACUGGUAUCCUGGUGCCUGUCUGAGCGUCUGACCUCUGAGGAGGGCUGAGGCGUGGGCCUUCCACCGGCCGCGAACCCGACAGGGCCGCGGGCAUCGAUUCCAGAUAAUCUCACAGACUUUCAACGGUUUUAUGCAAAAUUGUGAGCUGUCGCCCCACACCCCAAAUGGCCCGCAGUUUCUCGGGAGGCCAAAGAUGGGCCGCCCACCCUAAAAUGAGAGUAUCCAUUUCCGCAGAAGCCCCAAGACUUCAUCCACACCAUCAACUCCAUCCCAACGGCCCCGGUGGCUGUGAGCAUUAACAGAUGACUCUUUGGAGGUAUAGAAAGCGAAAAGAAAUUAUUGACACAGCUGCUGGGUGAAGCCACAACUCUAAACUGUCAUGCCAAUUGAAAUUAGGUGAAAAAUUCCUUUUCCGGGGUUUUGACCUUGUUUUGUGACGGGGACUCAGUUCCUGUUUUCGAUCUCCUCUUCCUUCGAAAGUGCAAUGCAAAAGAAACAUUGAUGAUGUUUAUGCAGCGUUUUAUGUAGGGGUUUUGUUUUUUGCUUCUUUGUAUGUUUUUCUUUUGCAGUUAUGACAUUCAUAUGCAUGGAGUUUAAAAUCUCUGCCGUACGUAUAUUUGUUAAUGGGCAUUAUUAUUGUGCGUGUUAAAGGGUUUAUUUUGUUAAUGCGAGAAGCAGAAUACCGUCUUCAACCUUACGCUUUCCAGAUCUGUCUAUUUCCGCCAUCUCUUCAAGGGAAACUCUUAAGUUAUAUAGUUUGAGCCGAGCUUUUUGAGCGCGUCUGCGUAUUUCCUUGAGGCUGUGCUCUAUUGCCAAGUCGAGAAAUCACAGCAAGAACCCUGAGCAGCUGUUUCCUGGAGUCGGCUUCCGAAGGCGGGGCCGGGCUGAGCGGGCGGCUGGUCUCUGCCUCACGGGACGGGCAGAUUUAGGGGCUGGUCGAGGGGGAGGGUUGUGUGCGUGUGAAGGUGGGGGGAUAGUUCCCCAGAGAGGCACCCCUCCACCUGGACAAUUGGGGAAAGGGAAGGGUGGAGGUUCGGGGUCUUGGCUUGGGAGCAGCUGGUCACCGGUCAGGGUCGUGCUGGCUAUCCCGGGGCUGGCUGGGCCACUCAAAGCCCGCAGGGAUGGCGGGGGUGGGGGGCGGGAGGCAGCGCCAAGAUCAGAGAGCGAGAGUAAGACCAAAGCAGUCCUUCCCAAACGACGCUGAACCAUGUGAACAAAGCACGGGAACAAAUUUUCUUCACCAGCAGCUCGUUAUCAUGUUGUUUCUCAGUUCAUUUUUCAUAAGUGUUUGUGUGAGCAAAAAAAAAAAACUACAAAAAAACCCACCACCUAGCUGUUUGUGACCUUUAGAGGACUCUCCCUGCCGCCCCCGGCCCCUUUGUCGUGGUUUUUAUCGCCCGCUCGUUUUGGAUCCAGGAGGAUCUCGGGGACAGAUGGGACUGGGGCUCUGGCCCCAGUCCUCCCCCCCAGCCCCAAUUUCUCUGUGUGAUUCAGCUUGGACAGGGGCCGGGGGGAUCCCAUGGCCUGGCAUCGUGGUCAGGUGGGCACCGGGCUCCGUCUCCUUUAGGAAGUUAAAGGGAGAAGAGGGGUCUUCCCAGCUGUUGACUCUCCCUGUACUUAAACUAUAUUCCCUAGAUAAUUGUGUAUCCGUUUAAUUACUCAAUGUUUCUAUACUGAAAGAAGGCUUAACGAAGGGAAAAACCAACAGCAAUAACAUUCAUAUCUAUGGAGCAGCUAACUAGUGCACAUAAUAUUCUGCUUUUCAAACAGAACUAGCCAAUGUAAAAAAAAGAAAAAAAAGAUAAAAUGUAAAUACUUUUUUUUUUCAUUUUACACCGUUGUAUUAUACGUGUAUAUGGUUGUUACUCUUUCAGAAACUUUUUCUUACCCGGUAGGUUGUCUUGUUUUCUCCGAGUUGUGUUUUUAACGAAGAAAAAUCUUUGCUGUCUGUUAGGAAAAAAGAGAAAAAAAAAAGAAAAAAGUUUUUUGCAAGUUUUCAACGUGGGUUAACUUUCUCCAUUUUUGCAUUUUGGGUUCUUAUUUUCAUUGUAAAACGUUUUCUUAUAAAAGGUUGAGUGCCCCCCCCCCCCCCCCCG